GAUGAUCUUUAGUAAGAGCUUAAUACGGUUAGCUAGGUGAGGUAGUCUUUGACUUUAAUGUAUUUAUUUAAAUGUCAAACCUUGCACUUUAACUCUACUACUCUCAGUUCUUUGAUUAUACUUGUAAUCUUGAAUUUAUAAAAAGGAAACGUCCUCUUAGGUUGACAUUUCGUCAUUUUUCUCUGCGACUGUGUUGAAUUAGCUUGUUAGCUUUGUGUCGUUUCAGUUGAAAUACUCUCCUCGCUAGUUUUCUCGCAUGGGGUAUAUCUUUUCUUGUUUGACAGCUGGGCGAGCUAAAAUUAACCACCUUUAUAUGUAGUGUAUUGGGUUCUGUUCGGUCAGUCUCGUGUGGGACAGUUUAUUUUUUGCUACUUUUUGCAGCGUGAACGAAUGUUUGGUAAUAGAAAUAGCAGCGGUUGCAGCUAGCAGAUGGUUGGCUCCUUAACAACAACAAUGAGUUGUAAGGGGGGUCCAAGGACGGCUAAAAGGCUUUAUUUUGUUGCCAUUCUCCUUCUAAUCUCCAUCAAUGGGUUGACAGCAGACGAAGAUCAACACAGGGACGAUGGCUCUGAGUUAAAGUCAUAUCAUGAUCCAGACUCUGAGGAGGAAGAUGUUCAUAUUGUAUCAAGAAUUUUGGCAGCCGCCUCUGGGACUCGCCGUCUAGAUGGCACCCAAUCAAAGGAGGAAAAACAAUCUCUUGGAGAGACGGAGGAAAAGGAAGAACUACCCGAACAGCCUCCUCCUCCUGAGGAAAAACCCAGAGAAGUUCCUCUUGUAAAUGGCGGCACAUCCCAUGGGGAGCCCUGCAUCUUUCCAUUUUUCUUCCAGGGAAAAGAGUACUCUGACUGCACCACUGAAGGGCGGGGAGAUGGACGGCUAUGGUGCGCAACAUCCUAUGACUAUGACCAUGACAAGAAAUGGGGAUUCUGUGAGACGGAGGAGCAGGCGCAGCAGAGACUGCAAGCUGAAGAGACAGAGGAGCAGUAUCAGACAGUUUUACGCACGCUUAAUGGCUCCACCAGGAAAACUCAGAAAAAAGAGUUGUACGAAAAGCUGUUGAAGGUUGCAGAAAAAGGUCACCAGAAGGCCACAGAGAAGGUGGCGUAUGCCAUGCUGUUUGGAGACUACAUGAACCAAAAUAUCACCAAAGCCAGAGAGAUGUUUGAGAAGCUUGCGGUGGAAGGCUCACCUAAAGCUCAGAUGGCUCUUGGCUUCCUGUAUGCAGCAGGACUAGGAGUUAAUUCAAGUCAAGCCAAGGCAUUGGUUUACUAUACCUUUGGUGCAUUGGGUGGAAACUUAAUAGCUCACAUGAUUCUGGGGUACAGGUAUUGGGCAGGUGUGGGUGUUCCCCAGAGCUGUGAGUCAGCACUAACGCAUUAUAGAGUGGUGGCAAAUCACGUGGCCAGUGACGUGUCGCUGACGGGGGGCUCGGCAGUGCAGAGGAUCAGACUGCUGGAUGAGGUGGAGAACCCGGGCUCCACUAGUGGGAUGCUGGAGGAGGACCUCAUCCAGUAUUACCAGUUUUUGGCAGAGAAGGGAGACGUUCAAGCUCAGGUUGGUUUAGGGCAGCUCCAUCUACAUGGUGGACGUGGAGUAGAGCAGAAUCAUCAGAGGGCGUAUGACUACUUCACACAGGCUGCAAAUGCUGGGAACACACAUGCUAUGGCUUUCCUUGGCAAGAUGUAUUCAGAAGGCAGCGAGUUUCUCCCUCAGGACAACGAGACAGCUUUGCAGUACUUCAAAAAGGCCUCUGACAUGGGUAAUCCAGUGGGCCAGAGUGGACUGGGCAUGGCGUACUUGUAUGGGAGGGGCGUCCCUGUGAACUAUGAGUUGGCACUGAAAUACUUUCAGAAGGCAGCAGAGCAAGGUUGGGUGGAUGGACAACUCCAGCUUGGAACCAUGUAUUACAAUGGUAUUGGUGUGAAGCGGGAUUAUAAACAAGCGCUCAAGUUCUUCAACCUGGCCUCACAGGCCGGCCACAUCUUGGCUUUCUAUAAUCUGGCCCAGAUGCACGCUACUGGCACCGGAGUAAUGCGCUCCUGCCACACUGCAGUGGAGCUUUUUAAGAAUGUAUGCGAGCGUGGACGUUGGUCAGAGCGUCUUAUGGGGGCCUAUGGCAGCUUUAAGGAGGGUGAGACCGACGCUGCUCUGGUUCAGUACCUGCUGCUGGCAGAGCAGGGCUAUGAAGUGGCGCAGAGCAACGUAGCCUUCAUUCUGGACCAGAAAGGGGCAAAUAUCUUCAGCGACAACGAAACCUACCCUCGUGCUCUCCUUCACUGGACAAGAGCCGCAGCCCAAGGUUACACCGUGGCUCGGAUCAAACUGGGAGACUAUCAUUUCUACGGAUAUGGAACAGAUGUGGAUUAUGAGACUGCGGUCAUUCACUACAGACUUGCAUCGGAGCAGCAGAACGGCGCCCAGGCCAUGUUUAAUCUGGGUUACAUGCAUGAAAAAGGUCUGGGUAUCAAACAGGACAUCCAUUUAGCCAAGCGUUUCUACGACAUGGCUGCUGAAGCCAGUCCUGAUGCUCAGGUCCCAGUUUUCCUGGCUCUGUGUAAACUGGGCCUGGUUUACACUCUGCAGUACCUGCAAGACCUUAAUCUGAAGGAGUUGAUUUCUCAGGUGGACCUGGACCAGCUUCUAGGCCCAGAGUGGGACCUCUACCUCAUGACUGUCAUCGCCCUGUUGCUGGGCACAGUCAUAGCCUACAGGCAGCGUCAACACCAAAUCAUCAUGCCACCCCGCCCCCCUGCCCCGGCUCCUGCACCCCCCCCAAGACCUGCUCAGGAGGAGCCACAGGCGCAGGCAGAGCCUCAGGAUCAGGAAGAGACGGCAGCCCCAGGAGUAGCUGAGGAGGAGGAGGAGCAUCAGUGAGAGGAGCCCAGAGGGAGCAAGGCGAGGGAAAGACUGAGGCAGAACUCAUUCAAAACCUGCUGCUUGGAGCAUGUCUCCCACUGCCUGCUCUCUUCCACAUCAUUAGAAAACUCUUGGCUGCUGAAACUGUUCAGCUUUUCUCCAUUUGAGAGGUGAUGAAAACAAACACAGGAUCUAAGACUGUUUUUUUUCUUUACUUUCUUUUUUCUGUGUUCAGGACUCUGCCAGAGGUAACCACUGCUUCAUGAAAAUUUAUUUCAGUUUUCUGAUUAAAAACAUUUUAAAGUCAGCUGGUUAGAAGGAAUCUGAUUUUUGUUUAGUUUCCUCUCAUAAUUCUCUGUUUUCUUAAAUGUUUUGGGGCUCAGAAGUGAAUCUGAUUUAAUCCUCAGUAACAUUUAGAAGAAAAAAAUAGUUCAGCUUAGGAUUGUGAAAUUUAUCUUAUUUAAUUUAGUAGUUAAGGACAAGAUAAUGCUUUUUGUUUGCAGAACUUUUGUUGAAUCAGUUUUCAUUUUAGCUUAAGUUAUUUCAGCUGGAAUCCAUGCAGCUUUAGUUUCUUUACUAUAACAUGCUAAAUCCAUGUGCUUUUGAUCAGAAAGAGGAAUGAUGUAGAACACGAUAAAUGGUAGAAGUUCUAGAGUCGAAAGGAUUAUAGUUUGGUUUUAAACAAGGAACAGAGGAGCCUUUAAAACCUGGCAUCAAAAAUACAAGGAAAAUGUGAGAAUUUUAUUAAAGAAUGAUGCUGGUUUUAAAAUAUAUAUUAAAGGGCAAGAAAACCUCACCUAUAAUAUGCUGUUCACUGUCUUUCAUUAUUUUAUGAUGGGUUAAUGUUUCUUAGACAGCCACUAAUUGGAGAAAAAUGAGCAUAGCAAAUGGAUUUGUUAUUUUUCUUCCCUACAUUUUCUAUUUAUGUUUUUUCUUGGAUGGGUUACAGGGCUUCUUAUGCUCUGAAAGCUGCUACCCAAAAGAUCAAAAAUGGCGUUCUGGACCCAUUCUUACACUUCUAAAGCUGACUCCAUUUGGAGUAAACCAUGGUUGCAUCAUAAAGGAUUUUUAAAGUUUCUUCUCAGAUCUGUUAUGAUCCUAUUGGUUUGGAGAAGCUAAUAAAAUAACAGACAUGUCUGCAUGACAUGCUGAACUGUAAGAACAGGGCAGCCGCAUCUGGAGGAAGAGGAUUCACCAGUAGGUUACCUCUCUGAACUGGUUUGGAACAACUGGAUUUUUACCAUCACAAAAACAAGUUUAUACACAGAUUAAUAAAUGAUA